AUGGGGAACGUCUUGGCCGCUAGCUCGCCUCCCGCAGGGCCGCCGCCGCCGCCCGCGCCCGCCCUCGUGGGACUGCCGCCGCCUCCGCCCUCUCCUCCGGGCUUCACGCUGCCGCCACUCGGGGGCGGUCUGGGCGCUGGGGCUGGUGCGGGUCGAGGUUCGGAAAGGACCCCCGGUGCUGCGGCCGGCAGCGCCGCAGGGACUGCGGACGAUGGGGCCUGCGGCUGCCUGCCCAACCCGGGCACGUUCGAGGAGUGCCACCGGAAGUGCAAGGAGCUAUUUCCCAUUCAGAUGGAAGGUGUCAAGCUCACAGUCAACAAAGGGUUGAGUAACCAUUUCCAGGUGAACCACACGGUAGCCCUCAGCACAAUCGGGGAGUCCAACUACCACUUCGGGGUCACGUACGUGGGGACAAAGCAGCUGAGUCCCACAGAGGCAUGGGCCAAGGUGAAAGCAGGGAGGCCAGGACAGGGCGACUGCCAUGGUCCUCUGGUGACCGUGACUCUGAUCAGGGAGUGUGCUGGAGAGAAGUAA